UAAGGCAGGAGCCAGACAGCAGAGCACAAUUUCAUACAGCAGAUAACUGAGCUGAUGGAGAACUAACUACCAAGCAAACCCAAGGAAAGCAGUCAACUGAUUCUUUGUCUGUUUGCUGACAGCUGCUCUGUUUUCUCAUCUCUUCCAGACUUUUUCACAGGAGGAACAUAACAUGAGAAUACUUUUACUCUUAGCUGCUUCAGUCAUACUGUCACAAGCCCAAAAUGACUGCUCUUGGGGGGCAUGUUACCCACCCACCAAUGAUCUGCUCCUGGGCAGGGCUCACCAACUUCAAGCUUCAUCUACCUGUGGCCUCACUGGCUCUGAGAUCUUCUGCACACCAUACCAACAGGGAAGGAUGAAAUGUUGUCCAUGCGACUCCAGGAACCCAAACAGUCAGCUGGCCCACACUGUCCAGGAUGUUCUAUCCACUUCAAGUCCAGACAGAUGGUGGCAGUCUAAGAAAGAGCUGAAUCCAGUUACACUUCAGCUCGACCUCAAGAGCCUGUUCCAGCUUGACAACCUGGUGCUCAAAUUCAAGGGUCCUCGUCCCAGUGCCUUGGUCAUAGAGAAGACACUCGAUAAUGGCAAGACGUGGCAGCCCGCCCUCUACUUGGCUACAGACUGUCAAAAAGCAUUUCCGGGUGUCCCCACAAGAGCUCCUCUUUCUCUGGACCAGACAUACUGCUACACACUGCCCCCUACUGGAACAAGUCCAUAUCAAGAUCACACAAUUGAGUACAGUCCUUUCCAUCAGUACGCUUAUGUCCCAGCUCCCAAAAGCCAAAAAAUUGAAAAAGUGUCUGGGUUAACAGGGCUGAGGGUGAGGCUCACAGAGCUAGGUGAAGUUCCUCGUCUGCCAGGUAGGGCUUUCAGUAGAUUUUACGCCCUGAAGGAGAUGAGGGUGAUGGGCAGCUGUAUGUGCCAUGGACAUGCUAACCGAUGUCUGCCAGAAGAAUACAGCAACAACCUUCUGUCUAAUACUAUACAGGUGAGCUCACAGUGUGACUGCCAACAUAACACAGCAGGUGUGAACUGUGAGCACUGCGCUGACCUCUACAAUGAUCUACCCUGGAGACCUGCAGAGGAAGGCAAAACUCAUGCUUGCAAACGCUGUGAGUGUAACAACCAUGCCCAACACUGUCACUUCGAUCAGGCAGUUUAUGAGGCCAGUGGACGGAGGAGCGGAGGUGUGUGUGAAGGUUGUAUGCACCACACCACAGGGCCAAAGUGUGACCAGUGUGUUCCAGGAUACCAGCCAAACCCCCACAGUCGAAUGGAUCGUCCUGAUGCCUGCAUACGCUGUAUCUGCAGUGCUGAGGGGACAGUGAAUGGGGGCAGGUGUGACGACAGCACAGGUUCCUGUCAUUGUAAAGUGAAUGUGGAGGGUCCCCGCUGUGACCGAUGUAAGAGAGGAUAUUAUGGCCUGAGCUCCUCCAAACCUCUGGGGUGCACCCAGUGUUCCUGUUCUCCAGAUGGCUCACUUUCAGAUGUAUGUGACCCACUGACUGGCAAGUGUCCUUGUCGUCCCCACUUCCACGGUAUGACCUGCAAUUUGUGUGCAAAAGGCUACUGGAAACCAUUCCUGUCAGGAAGCUGCAAACCCUGCAGCUGUGAUCCCACCAGGUCAACCAGUGAUUCAUGUGAUCAGCUGACUGGUCAGUGUCAGUGCAGACCGGGCUUUGGAGGCCGAACAUGUACAGAGUGCCCAGAUAAUACAUAUGGAGACCCUCUCAAAAGUUGCCAACCGUGUCACUGUGAUGCUGAGGGAACCCUUCCAGGAGUUUGUGACAAGCAGUCAGGAGUCUGUUUGUGUCGACUGGGCAUCACUGGAGCUCAAUGCAACUCCUGCAGUCGUGGCCACUGUGACUCCUUCCCUGAUUGUGAAUUAUGUCCCUCCUGCUUCUUUAGCCUAGAUGCCCAACAAAAGAACCUCACCUUAGCUCUGGAAAGGCUUUCUUCCAGAUUUCCUUUUCAUUCUGUGACUGCUGGUGACUUUGGGCCCCGCAUUCGUGUCCUGGAGUCCAAUCUGAAACUGAUCCAGGACUCUAUCUCCCUUCCACCAAUUACUGCUGGAAAGGUUAAUGAUGCUCUUUCUCAGCUGGACAAGUUCAGGGACAAGGUGAAUCAAGUUGAAAAUGACCUUUCACCCCUCGUGAGAACUCCUGGUUUGGACUCUGACCUGGACAAACUGCACAACCUGCUGGUCAGCCUCACUCAGCUGCACAAUGCCAAGAGAGAUGCCAAGGAGUCCAUCAGUCCUAGCAAUACGGGAGCAUUUACUAUCAUCAAAAAUGCCUACCAUGAGUCUACAAAUGCCACCAAAAAUGUUGAGGCCAGCAUAUACACAAUCAAGGAAUCCACUAAUAUCCAAGAAGAAAUUAAAGACAUUCAGAGUCAAGUACAGCCAGCCAACACCAGAGAUCUUGACAAACUGAACAACAGCAUGGCCUCCCAACCCAACCUCACUCCUGUUGCCAAACAGGUGUGUGGCAUUGUUCACUCUGAGCCCUGCACCCCUGUCCAGUGUGAGGUUGGAGAUUUGUGUCCACAAGAUGGAAACCCAGCCUGUGAAAAGGAAGGAAAGUGUGUGGGUGCUUUGCCUCUGAGCAAGAGGGCAAACACUGAUGCUAAGGAUGUGAAGGAAAGACUUGACAAACUCUCUGGGAAGAUCACAGAUGCUGCAGAUAAGCUCCAGAAAACACAGGAGACAACUAAUCAGGUGAGGGAGUCUACAGAGAAGCUCUCCAGUAAGCUAAAACAAGCCAGAGAUGAGCUAGAAGAUGACCUAAAGGAGACACGCAGCAUUGUGAAAGAGCUCAAAGACUUCCUUUCAGAUCCAUCAUCCAACCUGACCCAAAUCCAGGAGGUGAGCAACUGGAUCCUGAAUGCCAAACUGCCCCUCAGCUUAGCAACACUGAAGAGGAAGCUGGAGGAGCUGAAGAAUUUGGCAGUCAAUCUGCCAGACAGCACAGCCGUACUGAAGGAGGCUGAGCCACAACUAGAUGCAGCCAAAAAACUGUUGCAGGAUGCCCAGGAUGCCAGGGACAUAGCACUGGGUGGGAAAGCUGAUGUUGAUGGGCUGCUGGCAGGCUUCAAUUCAGUGAAUGACUCCCUCGCUGACCUGGAAGACAGAUUACAGGACAACAUGGUUCUCAUGGACAGUCUGAACAACAAUCUUACUAAGGCCAAAGACCAGCUGACACCAGCAGAAAAGGCACUGGAUGAUGUAUCAACACUGAUAAAACCAAUGAAACCCCAGCUGGAUAUGCUGAAAGACCUGCUGCAGAAUGGAGGGCAACAGGUUGAAGGUGCACAGGAAAAUGCAGAAAAAGCUGGCAAAGAAGCAGCUGCUGGAAAUCAGGACCUGUUGACUUUGGAGAAGCAACUUCGCCAUCUUCAAAAUGCUACCAGGGAAGAUGGCGAGACAGAGCCAGUGGGGGAUCGACUGAACAAGCUGCAGCAGGAUGCUAGAACUCUAACUAACAUUACUGAAAACAUAGUGCAGGAUCUAGAAGGAAACGCUAACUCCAUCCAAACGCUGCAGGGUGAAAUCCUUCAGAAAUCAAUGAAGCUUGAAGGUCUCGAUGCCAAGCUUAAAAAACUUCUGACAGAACUUCGGAAGAAAGCCAAAACUCUCAUUACCUGCUAGUAACUUGUAGUAGUACUAAUAUUAGCUAUAAUCAUUCUAAAUCCACAAAUGUAUUGCAUACUCAGCAUAUUCCACACUACUGAAAUAUGCAAAAAAAUAAUAAUAAAAACACUUCUAUACGUAGUCCCCCAUGUAAGACAUUCAAAAGUAAUUGGAUAAUUGACUGACAGGUGGUUUCAUAGCCAGAUGAGGCUUGCACCUCUAUAACAAAUUAAGAGGAUAAAAGCUCUGGAGGUGACUGAACUGAUUUGUUUACUUUUGAGACAAUGUAUGAAAUUGGGUGUAAUUCCUAAGGUUGUUAAUCUAAUACUUUUGUUGAACCCCUUAAAGCAUGAAAGUCUGUACUUCAUCACAGUUGGAUUGUUAAAUCCACUAUGGUGGUGUCUUGACGAAAAAAAUGUCACUGUCCAAAUAUUUAUAAGUCUAACUAGAAAUUUGCAGUUUUCACUAUCACAACUCUAAAUACCAUUCCUACAUUCUACGUCAUUGUUGUCAUGCACCAAAAUUUCAAUUAAAUUCAAAAUGUACAGUCUGCCUCUAAAUAAAAAACUAAGACACUUCAUAUCAAAUUUAAUUUCAUCAUCAUGUCCACCUGUUUUUGAGAUGUACCAUUUUGUUUUUGGUGUCAUUUCCAUUUUACAGUAACAUCUCCCGUUAUUGUCUGUCAAAUCCCUUCUGAUUGUCUCUCAUGAUGGACUCCUGUGCUCUUGAAAUAUGUUUUUUAGUGUUAAAUUUUAUGUAAGACCCCUGUCUCUACCAAAAUAACACAAUGGUGGCAGCUAUACUAUUAGUAUUAAUAGUACAGCUGUAAUUAGAAAUUUACAACUACCAUAUACAGGUACUUGAUUACGUUUUUGUAACAUUUUCAAAAUUUAGCAAUUUAUUUAGAAAUAGGCUUUCUGACAGCUUUGCUUUGCAUAGCUAACAAAGUUUAAUCUUUCAGCAGCAAAACUGAACAUUCAAUUACUGCAUUUUUCCAAACUGGAGAAAGAGUGAAUGUUACAUUAUUUUCUGUUUUGCAUUUGUUGUUUAUUCAUCAUUUAAAUAAAAGCUCGUUAAUACUUUAAUCUGUGUCUUCAAGCCUCAUGGAGCUACUGUUGCUGUUUCAACACAAGAAGCAGGUAUUUACAUAUGUAAAGCUUUAUUAAGAAAAUAUCAAAAAUACAUGUAUGUCACUACAUAUGCGAACUAAGGGGGAAAAAAUCACUUAUUCACAUCUACUUGUGGCACUUGAUGAGUUUAGCUGUUUCACACGAGUAGCUUAAGGACAUCAGAAGUAACACAGUAUCAAUGGAUUCACUUCAAAGUAAAAUGUAAUCCUA